AUGGAGGAUUAUUUCUACCUGGAGGAGGCGGCCUACCCCAGCGCGGCCUACCGCGGCACGAAGGCCGACUUCGAGGACGUCCAGCCGGGCGCCAGGCAGGACGCCGUGGGCGGAGGGGGCGCGGCCGCCCCGAGCGACGCCGAGGGCUAUGAGCUCACUCUCCUCGAGUCCCCCUGCGUCUACGACGUGGCUCAGUACCCUGGCUAUCCCGGCGGGGGUGGCGACCCCCCCUACGCCGGCGCCCCGCACUUCGCCCCGCACUACAACCAGGGCUGCGACUUCAACGCGCCCCUCGGUAAGCAUCCAGCGCCGCUUCCGGCGAAGGACCUCAGCCUGAACCUCCUGCAGGAGCCGGCGCCGCACGCAGCCCCGGAGAGAGAGAAGGUCCCGCCGCACAGGACCUUCGUCCGACCGCAGCGCCGCAGGAGGCACCGGCCCCUCGGCAAGGAGAUCGUGCGCACUCGCAGGGUCGCCGCCAACGCCCGCGAGCGGCGCCGCAUGCACGGCCUCAACGAUGCCUUCGACCGCCUGCGGGAGGUGAUCCCUUGCCUCGGCAGCGACAGGAAGCUAUCCAAAUUCGAGACGCUGCAGAUGGCGCAGACGUACAUCGCCGCGCUGCAGGAACUGCUCAAGACGUCGGGAGCGGCGAGGUGA